AUGCCAUCUUCAUCUAUAAAUGAGUGGUCAAUAUCCAUGUUGACUGGGGGUGUACCGAUAAAUUUUCCAUAUUCAAAUAUUACGGCAUCAAUAUUCUCGAGUGAUGGGAGAUAUUUAAUUAUCACUUUAACUCAUCAAAUAAGAAUUUAUUUUAUUUCAACAAAACAAUGCAUAAAAUCAAUAGAUAUAGACUUAGAUGAUUUAAUUGAUUUGAAACUAGAUACAAACAAUCCGAAUCAAAUAAUCUUGUUCAAGCAAUUCGGAGAAAUUAUAACAAUAAACUACAAAGAUAAAUUAAUUGAUCCAAUAAUUUCCACCACUACAAUCCAAUUACAACCUCAACAUAACUUUUUAUCAGUCGUUUGUGUCAAACAUAACUCAUUCAUAAUAGUGACGGGUAAAAAAGAUAAAAAAAAAGGAUCUAGUCCUCAUACAAGAUAUAUAUUGUCAAUUGAUAGAACUUCAGAAGCAACAACCACUAUAGGAGAAGUACAAAACGUAUUGCUCUACUCCAUUUCACUUGAUUUCAAAAAAAUAGCAUUUGUGUUGAAUGAUCAUAAAGUUUUAUUAUUAGACUUGGAAACGUACUACAAUAAUGAAGAGUCAAAAGUGGAGGAGUUAAUUACGAAAGAACUCAUCUCAUUCCAAUAUAGAUCACCGAUUACUUCAAUAGCCGUAUCAAAUGAUUCAAUUAUUGCAUUGGGAACGAAUUCAGGUGUUAUACAAGUGAUAUAUGGAGGAUUAAUUAUUAAUAAUGACAAAACUCAAAGAGUAUUAAAAUGGCAUAUUGAGCAAAUUAAUGCGUUACAAUUUUCACUGGAUAAUAAUUAUUUGAUAUCUGGUGGUUCUGAAAAGGUUUUAGUGUUCUGGCAAUUGGAAACUGAAAAAAAACAAUUUUUACCACGAUUAAAUGGUGUCAUUGAUAAAAUCAAUAUAGACAAUUAUAAAAAUGAUUAUAUUCAAUUAUUAUUAAGAACUGAUGUAAACAAUUAUGAAGUUUUGGUGCUCAGUAUGGUUGAUUUAGUUUCAAGAUUAUCCGUAAAUACAAUAAGACCAAAAUUUUCCAACAAUUUAAAAACAACCUUAGUCAAAACUAAAAAAAAAGUUGCAAAAGAUGAAUCAUUCAACAAAUUAAAAUUAAACUAUGAUUACAGUUGUAAAUUUGAAAUUCAUUCAAAAACCAAAAAUUUAUAUUUCCCAAACGAAUCACAAAUUCAAUCAUUUGAUUUAGUCAAGAACGAACAAAGUUUUAUUCAAAAUGCUGCAUCAACUAUAUCAACAGGUAAAGUACGUUCGGAAACAAAUUUAAUUGAUCCACAAAUAUCAUUAUUGAAAUUUACAUCAGAUGGUGAAUGGAUGUGUACAUACGAUGAAGUUGCCAACUCCGAAAUUGAUUCAGUAAUAUCCACAAAUGAAAAGCAAUAUGCUUUAAAAUUUUGGAAAUUCUUGGAGAAUGAUAAAGAUAAAUCAUGGGAAGUGACUACUAUAAUAAUGGAUCCUCAUGGCAAAAAUUCAGUAGUAUCCUUGAUACCAGCACCAACUUCUUAUUUUGGAGGUGUUGCGUUUUUAACAGCUGACAAUAAAGGUGGUGUGAGAGUUUGGAGACCAACAUUCCCGAAAGAAAUCUAUAAAACUACAACAAAUAAAUCACAACAGAUAUCAUGGUCAUUAAGAAAAUUUAAACCAUCAUCUAAUACGGAAAGUGAUGCCAUAAGUUUAAGUUGGUCAGAUGAUUCAUCUAUAAUAUUCUUAAGUCAUGAAUGCUCAAUAAUUUGUAUUGAUAGCAAAACAUUUGAGGUUAUAGAUUUUCAAAUUCCCGUAUUGACGGAAUCCAAAAUUAGAUCAAUCCAAUACUUAGAUAACAAAUUAAUUGUGUUGUCCAAAACUAGAUUUUUUGUCUAUGAUUUGAUCAAAGGAGAAUUAACAAACUUGAUACUAAAGAUUUCAACUACCAGUGGUGCAUCAAACUUAAUCACCAUUGACCCAAUAAAAUCUUUAAUUUGUUUAGCUAUCAACUACUACGUAGAAAAAGAAGACAAUUUACAAGUAUCAUCAAAAUUAUACCUUUUCAAACCAAAUCAAUUACAACCUAUAUUUGUUCAAAAUCAUCCACUGGGUAUUGCAUCAAUUAGAUACGACUCAGGUUCUUUUUAUCUUGUGGAUUUAGAAUGUCGAGUUGGUUCCAUAAACUCAACCUUAUUAAAUGUUGAAGAAGUUAGUUCCAUCACCAACGAUAUAAGUCAAAUGUUAAUAAACGCUCAAGCAAAUGUUGAUUUAUUGAGUUACAGAGAAAAUAACACCAAGUCUCAAAAUGGCAAAAUUGAAGAAAUAGAAGAUAGUUCAACCACUAAGAAAGUUAUUGACUUACAUACUUUCCAACCAAUUUUCCAAAAUUUGAAUGGAUUAGAAAUAGAAAAUAUCUUCGAUCGUAUAACAAAUAUAUUAAAAUAA